AUGGCUCAGGGCAUUGGGUGGACAAGUUCCAAAGUAAUUCUAACUGAUCAAGACAAAACAUUGGAAGAAGUUAUCUCUGAGGUUUUACCAGAUUCACGCCAUUGCUUUUGUUUGUGGCAUGUACUGAGUAAGAUCCAGGAGAAGCUUGGUCAUGUCAUAAGGCAGCAUGAAAGAAUGUCUACGAUGCAACAAGCGGAAAGCGUUAGCUCUCUUCUUGAUGAAUGCAUAUUAUGCAAGACGACGUUGACGGAGUUUUUUGACCAGUAUAAAAAACUGCUGCAAGAGAAGUCUCAAGGAGAGGCAAAUGCUGAUUUUGAGACAAGGCAUAAACAACCAGGACUGAAAUCUCCCUCCCCUUUUGAAAAGCAGAUGUCAACUUUAUACACUCAUACGAUAUUCAAGAAAUUCCAAGUUGACGUUUUGGGAGUGGUUGCUUGCCACCCUAAAAAGGGAAAUGAUGAUGGUGAAACUGGCACAUUUAAAGUCCAAGAUUUUGAAGUAAAUCAAGAAUUCAUUGUCGUAUGGAAUGAGAGGACAUCUGAUACUUCAUGUGCAAAGAGUAGAGAGAACAUGAGACAAGUAACUUUGGUUGAUUCCAGGAUUCAACGCUACAAUGAUCUAUGUCAAAGGGCAUUUGAGCUAGGUGAUGAAGCGUCGUUAUCUCAAGAGAGCUAUAACAUUGUAUUUAGUGUGCUGGAAAAUUUUCUGAGAACAUGUGAGACCGUGAAUGAUGAAAAUUUAAAUGAAUCAGAACCUUGUUCUCUUCCAAAUCAAAGUCUUAAUGACCUUGAAGUAUUCAUAGAUAGUAACAAUCCAAGUAAGAGUAACGGAAAGAACAUUAUGCAAGAAAAGAGAAGGAGCCUCCACAAAUACGGUGGAAAUGAUGAGAAAAAGGUUUUGAGGGACAAUUGUGUCUUUAACCAUGCUAAUGCAUGCUUAAAAAACCUUUACAUUGCUAAUUUCAUGGGACAAUCAAGUUUCGGAGAACCAACUGUGGAUUAUCCUUUUGGAUCACAUUCAGCCAUACAGCCAAUGGGCCAUAUAUAUUCCAGAAUUCUAAUUCCUGAUGGCUACUAUAGCAGCCCCCAAAUGAUUCAAGGAGUGGGACAAUUAAAUACAAAUACCCAAGGCUAUGCCAACCAUUUAAACAUGCUGGUGCUGGGACAAUUGAAUACACUUGCUUCAAUUGAAGAUGGCCCUUAUCUCUCUCAACCUAGAUUGCAUGGACUGGGACAAAUGUAUUUUAGGCCUGCAGAUACUCAAAAUCCCUUUGGGGUUCAGGACACAAUGAAUGACGCUGUUGAAGAGGCUUGUCAAAGCGGAGUGAGUGUUAUUGAAGAACCAGGAGGGAGCUUAAGGGACAAGCAUGCAGUGGAGUGCCGUAACAAGUAUGGAGUCUCACUUGUUUUCACCAAUGUGAGACACAUCAGGCACUAG